AUGAAUCGGAGUGAAGGGCUGGUGCAAAGACGAAACAUAAUACGUGACUCAGGUGAAGGUGUGAAAGAAUCGCAGAACAAUGAGAAGAAGCAGGAGCACGACGAAGACAUAGACGAGGGCGAUUCCAAAGAAACCCGAUUAACUUUAAUGGAAGAAGUAUUAUUAUUAGGCUUAAAAGACAAAGAAGGUUACACAUCGUUUUGGAACGACUGCAUUUCGAGCGGUCUCCGGGGGUGUAUUCUAAUCGAGUUAGGUUUACGUGGACGUGUGGAACUCGAGCGGGCUGGUAUGCGCCGAAAGGCGCUCCUCACCCGCAAACUUAUCCUCAAAAACGACACACCUACCGGAGACGUCCUCCUAGAUGAAGCUUUAAAACAUCUCAAGGAAACAGAUCCACCAGAAACGGUUCAAAGCUGGAUUGAGUACCUCAGCGGCGAAACUUGGAACCCCCUCAAACUGCGCUACCAGCUGAAGAACGUGCGGGAACGCCUAGCGAAAAACCUCGUCGAGAAGGGGGUUCUCACAACGGAGAAGCAAAACUUUCUGCUGUUUGAUAUGACCACGCACCCUCUGACCGAUAACGUCACCAAAAGCCGUUUAAUAAAAAAGAUCCAGGAUGCCGUACUUACGAAGUGGGUGAACGACCCCCAGCGCAUGGACAAGCGGAUGUUGGCGUUGAUUUUCCUGGCCCAUGCUAGUGACGUUCUGGAGAACGCUUUUGCGCCCCUAAAUGACGACGACUACGAAUUGGCAAUAAAGCGAGUACGAGAGUUACUUGACUUGGACUUUGAGCAAGAAUCAGUCAAACCAAACACUUCGGAGGUACUGUGGGCCGUUUUCGCCGCUUUCACGAAAUGAAAAUAAACUGUUUUUGCUACUAAAUUUUAACUAUAAAUAAAUUACGUUGAAAUAUUGAAGUUAUCAGUUUUGUAUUUAAUGUGAUGUUAGUUUGUACAUUGGAAAUUUUUUCUAUGUGGAGUACACAGGCUAGACUAGGAUAAUCAGUUUCAGUGGUAAUACACAGGGUGUUUAGCUUCGUUGAUGUUUAGAGGCUUCGGACAUCAGGAAACUAUGUACUCCAACUUUUAUUUGUACAUAACUUCGAACUAAAUGUAUUGUUCAUGUAUGUCAAAUAUUACCUAAUUAUUAUUAUUUUAUAAAUUAUAAUUCUACUCUCAUUGCAGGAGUUAGCCUUAAUUUGUAUUAAAAUAUUCCCAUUUUCUUUAUAAAAAUAAAGUUGUAUCAAUAUUUAUAA